AUGGCUUCGCAGGGAUCUCCAGAUGACUCGCUCUUUGAAAAAUCUCGAGUUUCCCUCAAGGUUACCAAGGAAGGUGCUGAGCAGUUUUUCCAGCAACAUGGGGUGUUUUACGAGUCGAACACUGAGAUCGGGAAACUAGCCGCGACGAUUGCACCUUCGGUAGCCCUCAACAAUUCGAGAGGCCUGGACAGGUUCAAGGAAAUCUACAUGAGAGAGCCCCGGCUACGAUUUCUCCAGCAGUACCGUGAAGACUUCGCGUUCGUCAUAGGCGCAGACGACUAUUACUAUUGCUCGACAACGAAAGACGCUGCCGCAAAAGACCGAAUCUCUGUAUACAUGUUGCGACCAGGCACUUUGUUGCGAUUUGGAAAAGGAGGUCACGCUCUUUCUUUCGAGCCGCUCGACGAAACAGUUUACAAAUUAUGCGCUAUUCCAUACAUUCAGAUUGAAAGUCGCUGCGAAGAGGUCCGUGUUAUAUUUGAGAGCGGCGGUAUAUGCUAG